AUGCCAGUGAAAUGUUGUUUCCACAGGUCAAACGCUGGGGAAACAAUGGCCUGGUCUGAGUCUGUGGAUACACUACUAGCUAAUAAAGAUGGCUUGGCAGCUUUUAGGACGUUUUUGAAGUCAGAGUUCAGUGAGGAGAAUGUGGAGUUCUGGCUGGCCUGCGAGGACUUCAAGAAAACCAAAUCCUCCACUAAGAUCGCCUCAAAAGCCCAAAAAAUUUAUUCUGACUUUAUAGAAGCUGAUGCUCCAAAGGAGAUUAAUAUUGACUUCCAAACCAAAACCCACAUCUCUCAGAAUAUCUCCGAGCCCACCCUCAGCUGCUUUGAUGAUGCUCAGAGGUUAAUCUAUAGUCUCAUGGCAAAGGACUCCUUUCCCAGGUUUCUAAGAUCAGAAGCAUACAAGGAACUAGUACAGAAGCAACAGAGUGGAAAUCAGAAGAGAUGGCUCCCAUUUUUGUGA